AUGGACAUGAUGCUCAUCCUCACCCCUGAACCGGUCCUCUCCAUCCUCCGCGAUAACUUGCACAUCCUACUCGCUCUUGUGGCAGUCUUGCCCACGCUGGUGCUCGUACGGACAUGGUUCAAGGCGAUAUCGCUUGCUGUGGAAUUGUUCGGCAGACCACGCUCGCCGUUUCCAUACCACUAG